GGACAUUCGAAAACUGGACUUCCACGACCGACUACGACCCCAAUUACAUGAAGAACUCUGCUAGAAGCGGACAGCCCUUCGUGCGUCGUGAACGAGACGAAGCUGCUUAUGAUUUUUGUGGGUGAAGCUGUGCCUGUGUAGCGUAACUUUUCUAGUUUCGAGACACUUACUACAUUUUUCCACAACAACUAGUACGGAGUAAGUGCCUAGUAGUUUUGUAGGUAAUUGCUUAGUCAAAGUCAAAGAUGAUGCCUCUUCGUUACAUUGACAGAAAGAGGAAUUGAUCUGGAUACUAGUCGUAUUACCUCUGUGACAGUGUCAGACUGAGUGAGCGUGUCAGCGUCUUGCAUGGGAUACAACAGAUGCUAGUCCUAUUACCUCGGAGUCAGUAUAUUGCAAAGGAUGUUGCAACAUAUGCCAGCCUUAUUACCUCUGAGCAUAGGAUACAGAUGCCAGCAUUGCCUCCGAGAUACUGACUCAGUAGAUAGCAGAAGAUACAGAUACGAGUG